AUGUCGACACAUACUUAUAAGAAGUUUGAAGAGGCACAGUCGGGCGUCUUGCCCGAUAAAAUGACAAUUUAUCAGGACUGUUUGAAUGCGUUCAACGAAUCGCCUGUGAAUUCCAAAAGAUGCAGACUUUUAAUCUCUAGAUUACUGCAAUUACUUGCUCAGGGUCAAACUUUUCCGUGCACCGAGGCCACUGCCCUUUUUUUCGCCAUUUCCAAGUUGUUUCAGCACCCAAAUGACUCCCUUAGACAAGUAGUGUAUUUGGCCAUCAAGGAAUUGAGCACUGUUUCAGACGACAUUUUGAUGGCUACGUCUUCUAUCAUGAAGGACGUGCAGAACGGGUCAGAUAUGAUCAAACCUAACGCGAUCCGGUCUUUGACUCGUGUGUUGGAUGAGUCCACCGCUUUUUCGGCUGAACGGUUGUUCAAGUCAGCGGUUGUUAGCAAACAUCCUUCGAUCUCUUCUGCCGCGCUUGUUAGCUCGUAUCAUUUGCUGCCAAUCGCCGAAAGCACUGUCAAACGCUACUCUAACGAGACUCAGGAAGCGGUAGGAGACCUCAAAACUUUCCCCUAUCACGAUGGCCUAUCUGAACAUUACCCAAACUCAACCUACAUCGCACAGUACCAUGCGUUGGGUCUUUUGUGUAUGUUGAAAAACCACGAUAAAAUUGCCCUUAUGAAAUUGGUGCAGCAUUUCUCUUCCGGAAGUACAUUAAAAAACCAGUUAGCUCAGGUUCAACUUGUUAAGCUAGUGGGAAGCUUAUUGUCCAAGGACCAUCAAAUGAUAUCGCAGCUGUCUCCUUUGCUGCUCGGUUGGCUGUCGAACAAGUACGAAUCCGUACAACUCGAGGCUGCCAAGCUUAUCACCUCUUUGCCUGACCGUUACGUGUCACCAGAAUUGUUUUCAUCAGCAGUUCAGGCCUUGCAAGGUCUUCUUUCAGUUCCUCGUGCUACUACCAGAUUUGCAGCUGUAAGAGUGUUGAACAGAAUCUCCAUGGUGGCUCCAGAAAAGAUAGUUGUCUGCAACCCGGAGCUGGAGUCAUUGAUCAACGACAGUAACAGAAACGUAUCCACUUAUGCCAUCACCGCACUGUUAAAGACAGGGACUUCCAAUAACAUUGCAUCCCUUAUCAAGACCAUUACCAAUUUCAUUCACGAAAUCUCGGAUGACUUUAAAAUUAUCAUUAUAGAUGCAGUCCGUACAAUGGCCCUAAGAUUUCCUGAAGAGUGGAAGUCUAUCCUAAACUUCCUUGUCAACGUCUUGAAGCAAGGUGAAGGGGGAUUUCAAUUCAAGAGCAGCAUUGUGGAAGCUCUUUUUGAUCUCGUCCAGUUUGUUCCACAGUCCAAGGAACUUGCUCUCGAAAAUUUGUGUGAUUUCAUCGAGGACUGUGAAUACAACGAAAUUCUUGUAAGAAUUUUACAUUUGCUGGGCAAGGAAGGUCCAGGGAUGAAAACCCCCUCGUUGUAUGUCAGGCACAUAUACAACAGGGUCGUUUUGGAGAACUCCAUUGUCAGAUCUGCUGCUGUUGUGGCACUCUCUAAAUUCGCUUUGGUGAAGAACGAUCCAACGUUCGUGGACUCAAUUGAAAUAUUGCUGAGAAGAAUUUCCAAUGAUGUUGACGACGAAGUGAGAGACAGAGCAACUAUUGCACUCGAGUUCAUCGAAUCUAUCAAGUCAAAAGGGGAAUCUGGUUCUUCGCCUGCGGAAAGUCUCAUCCAAUCGAAAUUUACGUAUGAUUUGGCGUCAUUGGAAUCUAAACUCAGCCAAUACAUGGCGGCAAAACAGGAGGCGUUCAAAACUCCAUUCGAUACUUCCUCGAUUGCUAGGUACACUGAGGAUGAAAGGAAAGCCAUUGAUUUGAAGAGAAAGCAGGAGCAGCUGUUCACAACAGUAUCUUCUGGAAAGUCCAAGGGCAAGAGUGGAGUUUCGUCUGAGGCUGAUAAAAAGAAUGGCUCAUACGGUGGUCCAGACGCUACGGAACUGGAUCAGGAUCUACAGGCCACAAAAUACGCAGAAGAAUUGGCUUUGAUUGAUGAGUUCAAGCCGUUCGGUCCUAUCGUGAACACCUCCAAAGACAUCGCAUUGACAGAAACCGAAGCUGAGUUUGUCGUUACCGGUGUUAAACAUCUAUUCAAAACUCAUGUUGUCUUACAGUUCCAUAUCACGAACACCCUAGCCGAUGUUGCUUUGGAUAACGUUUACGUUGGGUGCACUCCAGCUCUUGGUGAUGGAGAGUCUCCCCUGACUGAGGUGAUUUCGAUACCUGCUGACAGAAUCAAGCCCUCGGAAACUUUUUCAUCUUACGUGGCUUUUGAAAAGUCUCAGGAAGUUGUUACUGAGGAUUUGCUAAAUACCUUAUACUUCACUACAAGGGAAUUGGACGCUUCCACGCAAGAACCUUUCGAUGGAGAUGAAGGAUUUCAGGACGAAUACGAGAUCGAUACCUUGCCAUUGACUGCGGGCGAUUACAUCAGAGGUUCUUUUGUGGGGGACUUCCUCGCCUGCUUCGACGAAUUACCUAACCACGAAAUCUCAGUCUACAACAUCAGAGAAAACUUGUCGCUACAGGAAGUUGUUGACAAAUUGAUCACUACCACGAGUUGUUUGACAUUAGACAACACACAGUUCACGUCAACGGAUUCUAACACGCAUACCUUGAAAUUAUUCGGUAAGAGCGUACUAAACGGAGCCAGAGUAGCUCUCGUAGUUCGGUUGAUUAAGAGCUCUAAAGGAAUUGCUCUGAAGGCCGAAGCCAGGUCUGAUGAUGCUGUACUAUGUAGCGAUAUUGUCAAUGGACUUAUUUAG